UCCACGCGGGGAGUCUCCCCUCUCAUUCACUCUUUCUCACUUCCCAAGUGGAUUAAAAACUCUCGCCGGCGAGUUUCUGGGUCAGGAAAAGGUUUUUCUUCGGUCGGGAGAUUUAUUUGUUUUUUUUAAAAGAGGCCAAAGCCAACCCACAGCUGCAAACUGGAUCGCUCUGCAAGUUCCCCACAACUCUUCGGCUCUCCCCAAAGAGGAUGGCUACCAAUUUUAACGACAUAGUGAAGCAAGGUUACGUCAAGAUUAGGAGCAGACGUUUAGGAAUUUAUCAGAGAUGUUGGCUGGUCUUCAAGAAAGCAUCUAGCAAAGGGCCAAAAAGGAUAGAGAAAUUUUCAGAUGAGCGUGCCGCUUACUUCCGAUGUUAUCACAAGGUCACGGAACUUAAUCAUGUGAAGAAUAUCAUUCGGCUGCCGAAAGGCACAAGGAAGCAUGCUGUAGGGAUAUAUUUCAAGGAUGACACUUCCAGAACAUUUGCAUGUGAAUCAGAACUCGAAGCAGAUGAAUGGUGCAAGGUCUUACAAAUGGAGUGUCUAGGGACUCAGAUGAAUGAUAUUAGCCUGGGAGAACCUGACCUUUUAGCUUCCGGAGUAGAGAGAGAACAAAGUGAGAGAUUCAAUGUGUAUUUGAUGCCAUCCCCUAAUUUAGAUGUGCAUGGGGAAUGUACCUUGCAGAUAACGUUUGAGAAUAUCUGUCUUUGGGACAUCCAGAAUCCCAGAGUAAAACUCAUCUCUUGGCCUUUAAGUGCCCUCCGACGAUAUGGACGGGACUCAACCUGGUUUACAUUUGAAGCUGGAAGAAUGUGUGACACAGGGGAAGGACUAUUCAUCUUUCAGACGAGAGACGGGGAGGCAAUUUAUCAGAAGGUUCAUUCAGCAGCUCUGACCAUAGCAGAACAACACGACCGCUUAUUGCAGAGCGUGAAAAACUCAAUGCUACAGAUGAAAAUGAGUGACAGAACUGUUUCCCUGGGCACGAUGGUCCCCUUGCCCCGCAGUGCCUAUUGGCAGCACAUCACACGGCAGCACAGCACUGGGCAGCUGUUUGGGCUUCAAGAUAGUCCACUGAAGAUCCAUCGAACAGAAACGUUCCCCACCUACCGAUCAGAGCAUUGAUAAAAGAGAAGCAAGGACUUUAAAACAGUAUGUCUUAUGAUGGACUGUUCCAGCAAAGAGGUUAUCAUUGAUACUGGAUAACAGUCAUGAAGCAGCCGCAAGAAACGAAGACUGGAUUAUGACUGCAAUAUUAUUUUUUAAUCUUCAACCCAAUGAUAAAUGGCCUGCAGAUAAUUUUGCAAAAUUACUAUAUUUCAGAGUUACAUCCAGAACAAAGAAGCACUCCUUCCAUGUGUGAAAUCUUUUUGAGUAUAAUUGAUAUCUGUUGAUGAUCCGUCUUAUGCUAUCAGUUGUUCAGAAAUUCACUUCAUCCAUUUUGACAGUAUUGUAGAUAAUGGAGUUUACAGUCUCUGUAUAUUUUCCUUUAAAGCUCUGUGUCCUAAACCGUCACUGAGCAAAGCACUUUUCAGAAUGGUGACCAGUUUUUUUUUUUAGGAACUGGAAUCUGUCGUCCCUGUCUAUUAAAGUCUGGUUAAGACUCACCUAACUUAUCAAAGGACAAUUCUCUUGUCUUUAAUCUAUGCUUAUUUCACACUUGUGUGUUUUAAAUAUGUCUCUUCGACGUUUAGAAAUAAAAAAAUGUC